UGCAUCAGUGGAAAGCUUAUUCAUUCAGCUUUCAGAUGAUGUAUAAAUCUCAAUUUCAAAAAAUGUACCCAUAAGACAAAUAUUCUAAAUCUAUGGCUUAAGUACUGGGUUGCAAUUUCUAAGCUAUGUCUGGAGAAACAUUUUGAGAACUUUUAGAAUUUGGGACACACAGGUCACCGGUGAUUAACAAAUCAAUAAUUCAUAAUUUAUUUUGUACUUUGAAGAACAUACUUGCUGCUUCCAAUUUCUUAUCUCUUUAAACAGAAAACUUCCACGCCCUUACUGCUGCUUUACAGCCUCACAGUAAAGACGUGCACAGAGUCAUUUAUAGAUAAGAGCAGCAAACUGCGUCCUUUAAUAUUUUCUGUUGGAAACAGUAUUCGGAACGGUCGUUCAGCGUAAACAGAAAUGAUCAGGUAUAUGUCUUUUAAAACUACACUUGUAUUCAUUUGCAUACUUGUGCAUCUGCACUGGAGCCAUCAAAUGUUCCGCAAAACAAGUGAGGAGUGCAAAACAAAAGACGUGUAUGACAAAACCGUCACAGCAGUGCCAGAAAAACUAAAAGAUGGAGCCGAUGAAAUAUAUUUUGUACACAGUCCGAUUACAAUCCUACCAAAAGGAGCCUUUUCUAAAAACCCUCAAGUCAGAAAAAUCGAAUUUAUAGGUACCCCAACCCAGACUGUGGAGGUCGGAGCCUUUGAGGGUUUACCUGAUAUCAGAACCAUUGAGAUAUCUGGCACCCAAGUGACGUCAUUUCCUGUUGGCGUUUUUAAAGAUCUCAUCAACCUCAAUACACUUAUGUUGAAAAGUAACAAAAUUCAGAGCCUUGAAAAGGGGUUAUUUGACGAUUUACAAAAUCUUGAAUAUUUGGGUCUACAUAUGAAUGAGAUCACCUCUAUUGAUGAGGGAACAUUCAACAAUUUGGAGAAUCUCAAAACCCUUCAUCUUGGAAAGAACAGCCUUACUUCAGUAUCAACGUCUCUUUUUGCACAUCUUAAAAAACUGGUGAUUUUCAGAAUCUAUGAGAACCAGCUGAAUAUGACAGAAGUAGCUUUGAAUGGCAACAAAAUCUCAUCUAUCCCACCAAAUUUGUUUCCACACAAAAGUAAAUUAGCAAAAUUGUAUUUGGACAGUAAUCUUUUAACGGAACUACCCGAAGAGCUGUUUGUUGGUUUCUCUGGACUGGAGACUCUAACUCUGCAUAACAAUCAGCUCACCGGUCUCCCCAACGUCCUCUUCGGAGAAAUGCCCAAACUGACUGAUUUGAAUCUCAGCCAGAAUAAUCUUUCUUCCAUACCAACUGGAGUUUUCAGUCCCCUUAAGAAGCUCAACAAGUUAGACCUCUCCUCAAACCACUUCUUGAACUUAUCGGGGGGGGGUUUUCGAAGGUCUUGAAAAGUUGUCUGAUCUUAAUCUUCAAAACAACAUGAUCCAAUCAUUGAAAACGGAGGACUUCGAAAAAAUGAAGUCUCUUUCAAGCCUCAAACUAGACAAUAAUAGUC